AUGCGACAACAAGAGAUCCUUGCAUUGGAACGUGCGACCGCGAAGAAACUGCGUAAACACAGGCGGAGGACGAAAGUCACAAGCAAAAGCAAAGCACGAAUCUUAUCCUCCGAAACGUCAAGAAUGGAGCUUCCUGAAUCCACGGUUUUGACGUUGACGUCGGCCAAAGAGUCAGCGAAGAGGAUCGUAUCAAUCAGGGACGAUAUCGAGGUGGUGAUUCACGACGUCCAGACCAGCGGCGGCGUGUACAAAUCAUCGCAUAAAAAAACGUUCGUGCAAAUAGCGUGGAAGGAAAAACGAAAUGCAACUCGCAAGGUCAAGACACGGAGAAUAGAGGGUACAGAGAAUCCAUCUUGGGACGCGCAAGGGAAGUUCAUCUUUCAGAAUUGUCGGGCGAAUGCGGCUGGCAGCAAAUUCGUCAUCAAACUAAAGGAAGUGCGCUGGUUUAAAAGAGAAACAGUCGUUGGUUACGCAAAGAUUCCGAGUACUUUGGUUCCAUUGGAUGGGACGAAGUUGAAGCUUCGCAUCGCGCUCGUGACGAAAAGGCACAGAGCCAAGGCUGUGCUGAGCAUGACAAUCGGAAAAGCGACGUUUGAGGAGCCAGCGCUGGGGGAGGGUGGACACUUUCCCGUCGUCACCGGCGCCGAACAAGAACUCGUCUCAUUCGAAGGAAACUUUCCCUCCAGGCGCGAAAAAUUAGACUUGAUGGUUGUUAACGUGAUGAGCGCUCGCGGCGUAUUCGACGCCGAUGGGUUCGGUACGAGCGACGUGUUCAUCAGACUCGGUUUCGACACUACGCCCAUCGAAGAACGCUACCAAACUACGAUUAAGUACCGCACUCGCAAUCCUGAGUGGAACGAGCGUUUCUUGUUGCGUGUACCAAGCGUCGAUGCAGCUAGGGGCGAACCCAAAGCAAUCGUGUUCACGGUGUGGGACAAGGACAGAUUCUCGCCGAGCGACUUCCUUGGGGCCGCCGCUAUUCCACUCGACCGUGUUUCGACUACUGGCAGCGUCGCGGAUUUGGACAUGGAUUUGAAGGCUAGAAUUGCGCCGGACCUCGCGGGUGAGGUGUGCUUCAUCCAUCCACGCGCACCCGCAGAUUUGGGUAAACUUCGAGUCAAGGUUUCGGCGCUCAUCAGUGACGCCGCCGAAACAAUCGCAAAGACAGUCAAUUUAGGAAGGAUAGAUCCCACUGAAGGCACAAGUCUGGCUACGAGCGUACACGUCGCCGUCAUCGCGGCGAGAAAGUUGUUACAUGUUGACACCAAAGGGUCCUGCGAUGCUUUCGCGUACGUGCGAAUGGACAAUGCGCCCAAGAAUGAAUUCUGCAGGACAGAUACAAUCGCAAACACGCUCCAUCCCGUGUGGAACAACGGCAUGGGAAAGACCUGUUCUCUCAUCGCUCGUCCGGGCUCUGGAGAUGUCUUGUUUCAAUUGUACGAUCGCAACCUGCUUAGCAAAACGCUCAUGGGAACUGCGUCGGUGUCGUUGGCGUCUCUGCCUCCAGAUGGUUCAUGGACACAAAUCGCAACUCCAGUUUAUGGCCAGGACAAGAAUCGAAACACUCUCGUCGGCGGUUCGGACAGUUCCAUGGCAUGGAACGCUCCAGAGAGAGUGAAGGGUGAAACUCAUCGUUCGCCUUAG